GGAAGAAAGGCCUGGCAAUAUGUUUCCAUAAAGAUUAUAGCCAAGAAAACUCUAUGGAGUAGUUCUGCUCUGUAAUGCAUGGGGUCCCCAUGAGUCAAAGCCAAUUCAAUUGGAAUGAGUUUAUUCCCCCCUUUUUUAUUAGAGUCAGUGAUACAUUUAGAAGCAUAUGUUUUGUUUAACUAUCAGACUGUUUCUUGCCAUAGCUAACCCAUAUACUUCAUCUUAAAUUUCUUAUUCUUUUGAAAAUUAAUAUUUUUUCUUUAAAAGCAUCAGAUAAAUGAAAAUUUACUAGAUUUAAGAAAUUCUUUUAAAGUGCUUUCUAAACUUUUAGUUCUUCUAAUUUACUUUAUACAUAUUCUUAACCACUUGCAAUUUACCUGCAUUUCCUUUUGUCAUAACAUUGUGGAAGUUUUUUUUCUCUUUUAGAUCACUUAUUUUCUAUUCCAAGCAUUUUUAAAUUUCCUUCUGAAUUGUACUUGCUGCAUUUCUAUAACCGUUACCACUGUACUGAUUGAUUGACUUUUUUCUUCUUCUUUUUUCCUUUUAAUAUGGAAAAUUUGAAUAUAUAUAGAAGUGGAGAGAUGUGUUCUACUUAGUAACACAUGGAAUCACCAUGAGUUGAAAUUGACUCAAAGGCAACUAACAACAGAGAAAUGGGUGAUGAACGUCUGUCACCCAGCUACAUAGUUAUCAACUCAUAGUUAAUAUUUUUUGGCUAAAGCCUCAAGCCACUCUACUUCCCAGAUUAUUUUGAAGCAAAUUCCAUUGUCUUUGGAAGUUCUGUAAUACAAUAUUUAUAAAUUACUGGUGAUCAAAAGACUCUCCUUUUUUCUCUCUUCAUUCUUGGUAAAAACAUAUCAAAUAUACGUAUGUGUAUAUAUAUAUAUAUUUAAUGUACUUUAGGGUACAUAAUAGUUCAAGCUUGGUGUUUAUUUGUUUUUCUCCUAAGAGUUUCUAAAUUCCUUUUGUUUGUAUGAACUUUCUAGUUGUCAGUUACAGGAUGAGGAAUUGGAAUACACAUGGUUUUUAAAUGUUAAUCAAGUUCUUUGCAAGAAAUAGCUCAUCAGUAUAUCAAAUUAGGUAAUUGGUUUCUUGAAAAGGUUUUGGCAGGGCUCCAGGGAAUAGGAGACAGGAUAGGUGAAUUUUGAUUGGGACAGGUGGCAGGAAGGCAUUUGGAAAGUGUUGUUCAUUUAGGAUAGUUCCUGGAAAGGAUAAGCUAGGCUUCAAAGUGGAAGGUAGAAAAACAUAUAGGUAGAUGUUUUUAGAUUAGAUACCUUAAAAGGGCUAACGGAAAAAUAGAAGUAUCUAUUUAAAAAAAAGCAGGAGAUAAAAAACUUUGCCUAUUUUAUUCACAUUCAUUCAAUUUACACAAUUAUUACUUGGACUGGCAAACAUACUUUGCCCAUUUGUAGUGAGACAUUUUAUGACCUUCUUCUGUAGGUGGUGUGCAAGAAAUUUAUGAUGGUAGUUUAUGGAUGGAAACUGUUGGUUACUGCUUCCCCUCCCCACCAAGGAAAAAAAUUAUAGCAAACAACAAAAACUAUACAUGGUCUGUAGUUCUUCAGUAGAGUUAAUCUCACGAUAAUGAGCUAGUCCUUUCAUAUCAACCUGAUAUUUCAGAAGUUACUGCCCACCAUACAACUGUCGUCCUUUAUAGAUCUGGCAACAGAAAACACUAAUAAGAGCACAGUUUGGCUGCCAGUUUGACUUGGAAGAGAAGAAUGACCUUGAUGGGGCAGGAAAUGACAACAGAGUUCCAUUCUGUUUGCAAAUUCAGUAAAGCUAGAAAUGCAGAGUGAUGAAGAGUGUGACAGGAAACCCCUGAGCCGUGAAGAUGAGAUCAGGGGCCAUGAUGAGGGUAGCAGCCUAGAAGAACCCCUAAUUGAUAGCAGCGAGGUGGCUGACAACAGGAAAGUCCAGGAGCUUCAAGGCGAGGGAGGAAUCCGGCUUCCGAAUGGUAAACUGAAAUGUGACGUCUGUGGCAUGGUUUGCAUUGGGCCCAAUGUGCUUAUGGUACAUAAAAGGAGUCAUACUGGUGAACGUCCCUUCCACUGUAACCAGUGUGGAGCUUCUUUUACUCAGAAGGGCAACCUUCUGAGGCACAUAAAGUUACACUCUGGAGAGAAGCCGUUCAAAUGUCCUUUCUGCAGCUACGCUUGUAGAAGAAGGGACGCCCUCACAGGACACCUCAGGACCCACUCUGUGGGUAAACCUCACAAGUGCAACUACUGUGGACGAAGCUACAAGCAGCGCAGUUCACUGGAGGAGCACAAGGAACGCUGCCACAACUAUCUCCAGAAUGUCAGCAUGGAGGCUGCUGGGCAGGUCAUGAGUCACCAUGUACCUCCUAUGGAAGAUUGUAAGGAACAAGAGCCUAUUAUGGACAACAAUAUUUCUCUGGUGCCUUUUGAGAGACCUGCUGUCAUAGAGAAGCUCACGGGGAAUAUGGGAAAACGUAAAAGCUCCACUCCACAAAAGUUUGUGGGGGAAAAGCUCAUGCGAUUCAGCUACCCUGAUAUUCACUUUGAUAUGAACUUAACAUAUGAGAAGGAGGCUGAGCUGAUGCAGUCUCAUAUGAUGGACCAAGCCAUCAACAAUGCAAUCACCUACCUUGGAGCUGAGGCCCUUCACCCUCUGAUGCAGCACCCGUCAAGCACAAUCGCUGAGGUGGCCCCAGUUAUAAGCUCAGCUUAUACUCAGGUCUAUCAUCCAAAUAGGAUAGAAAGGCCCAUUAGCAGGGAAACCUCUGAUAGUCAUGAAAACAACAUGGAUGGCCCUAUCUCUCUCAUCAGACCAAAGAGUCGACCCCAGGAAAGAGAGGCGUCUCCCAGCAAUAGCUGCCUGGAUUCUUCUGACUCAGAAAGCAGCCAUGAUGACCGCCAGUCCUACCAAGGAAAUCCUGCCUUAAAUCCCAAGAGGAAACAAAGCCCAGCUUACAUGAAGGAGGAUGUCAAAGCUUUGGAUACCUCCAAGGCUCCUAAGGGCUCUCUGAAGGACAUCUACAAGGUCUUUAAUGGAGAAGGAGAACAGAUUAGGGCCUUCAAAUGUGAGCACUGCCGAGUCCUUUUCCUAGACCAUGUCAUGUACACCAUUCACAUGGGUUGCCAUGGCUACCGGGACCCACUGGAAUGCAACAUCUGUGGCUAUAGAAGCCAGGACCGUUACGAGUUUUCAUCACACAUUGUUCGAGGGGAGCACACAUUCCACUAGGCCUUUUCAUUCCAAAGGGGACCCCUAUGAAGUAAAGAACUGCACAUGAAGAAAUACUGCACUUACAAUCCCACCUUCCCUCAGAUCUUGACAUACCUUUUUUUUUUAGUAUUACUGUCAGUAAUUCUUAUUUUGUGGACGCAGUGUCAUUUGCUCUGCCUAAUUACAGUAAGGAAGAAACAGAAGAGUGAAGGGACGGGAUAUUGUUUCUUGAUAACUUGGCUUGUUUAUUUUGUGAGAAUUUAAGAGCAGUUCAUUUCUGCCACACAUAGAUACAAGGUGUAUCACACUUUGAAAAAUCACUUGAUUCUUAUAGAUUGACCUAAGAGAUCCUAAUUUGCCACUGAUAUUCAGGAUUAUGAUUGAAAACAGGAAAGUUCAGAGUUUUCUUGGUAACAAUUUUGCAGUUUAAAAUGGUAUAAGUAAUUUUACUCUUCAAAGAAGAAUUUGUUUCAAAAUGUAAACCAUUUUUUUCUCUCUCUCUCUCUAGAGAUCAUGGAACACAAAUCAAACACAUUGUUAUUUUCAGUGACAACUCCUAGGAUGAGUUGUUUCUGUGGGUUCUAUGUUUACUUCCCCUAUGGAAUUUAUAAUACAGUAUGCUAUACACUGUACCAUCUAGCAAAACUUUUAAAGUACAGGUAGUUAAGGACAACCUACAAUACAUCUGAGGUCCUGUGAUCUUAUUUUUCUAAACUUAAGCACUGUUUUUCCAUAGUUUUGAUGACUGGCAUUUUAUAGACACCCUGGCAGCCUUACUUUUAACACCUUUAAUGAAUAGUAUUUUUUAUCUAGUUUUCAGAAUAACAUAUGGUCUAAGAGUGGCUAAGAGGCAGGCAGUAGUUUUCAGGUGGGACUUCUACCUUUCAAAAAUUUGUCUGGAAAGUUUUGUGUUUUUUUUUUUAAAGUUGUAAUGUAAUGGCAGUAUAUUAUACAUAUUUGUGUCUAAAAGUAUGCUUAUGAUUGUCACUUUAUCAGCAUUUAAUCAGUGUUAACCAGUCAGCAGAAAAAUAUAAUUAGGCUAACAGUAGGGGGAAGAAACCACUUAGAAAUUCUUUUUCUGGUAUUUCUCUUUUCACUGGUUUUUUCAAGCUGUGACUACCCAGUGUUCUGUCCAUAGUGCAUUCAUCUUUUACUCUUUGAGUAGAAGGUCUUUAAAAAUCUUGCUAUAGGCUGUUUCUAACAAAAUAUCCUUGGAACAAUUGCUAAUUUGACCUGAAUGUGGUAACUUGAACCCUGUAAGGUUAUUGAACGAGGGCUAUUUAUUGUAGUAUUUCUUCGGUAGUGAUAUUUACCACUUUUGGUGCAAGGAAAAUUAAACUUCUUUGUCACCUGUACAUUGGACUGCAGAUAAAAAAGAAAAACAAACAAGUUUACUUUAUCCUUCUUAGAAUCCAGAAUGUGACUGAACCUCCAAGUGAGAGUGACUGUGCCCUGUACAUUUUUCUAUUUCAAAACCAUUCAUCUAUAUAUAAUUCCUUGUCAGAAGUUAAUCUUGGUUCCUUAGUGCAAAAUUUUUCUUCUUUUAAUCCAUACAUGACAUAUGGAUGAAUCCAUAUUUCAUGUGCAGAUUUUAAUUUCACUUACAUGGGUGCUCUGUUUAUCUUUACAGUCCAGCAGUGUUAGAGGGGAGAAACUGAGUGAUACCAAUUGAACUCAUUUUGGGGGAGGCACAAUUGGAAGGCAUGUGUUUAGGGAGCACAGGCAUGUCUGUUACUGGAUUAUCUGGUAUCCAUCUGUGAAUACUGAAAUUUUGUUAAGCAAUCAAUUAAGUAACUGAUAACUGCUCUAGAACUCAUUAAUUAGGAUGCUGAAACUAUGUUUCUUUAUACAGUAUGAUGUGAGCAUUAUCAAGAUUUGAGACUGUGGACAGAUAAGCAAAUCUGGCUCCAUUACUGCUCAUAACUUGUCUUCUAGUUCACCAUCUGCUUAUUUAAUCAACUUCUAAGCACUAGAACUAGGCAAAAAUCAGCUCUCUCUUAUUUGAGUUUCUAGUCCUUGUCAUUUUUUUUGAGACAUAACUAUUAAUUUAAAUCUUAAGAGAAUGCACCAAAAGAGAUACAUGAGAUGUAUUAAACAGAAUAUCAACUAUUACUUUUUUUUUUCUGCAUGCCAUAGUAUAUUUGAACAUACAAUUUAUUCAGUGGUAAACUAUGUCUUUCACAAUCUCUCAUCCCCAACCACCCUCUCACCAUUCCCAAAUAAUAGAUUUUUUUUUUCCCUUUUGAAGGAAGGUAAAUAAUUUUAAGGUCAGUGAUUUCAGUGACAGUCAAUAUGUUCAUAAAUUUGGCUAUGUGUGAAUUUUUGCUGGCAUCAGUCUCUGAAUUCCUGCUUUACUCACCCCCCACCCCCAACCCCCACUAUAUGAACAGUUAUGUACCUACCUGCCCUGGGGUGAGACGGAGUGUGGUUGGACCUAAAGAGUUGGGUAGUACCUCUAUGAAAACAGUACAAAUUGCUCUCCUUUUCUGAUUUCAUCUUUUUAGGACUUUUUUUUUUACUAAAGAGAGUUAAUGUUUGUGAGAGUGUAUUCGCUCCAGGUAUAUACUUGUAUUUUCUUACCUUCUGUGAUAUGAGGAUCAGAAAGAGGUAGAGAUGGCUCAGGGUGUGGCAGGGAGGGACAAAUGAGGACAAGGUCAAUUCAAAGGUAUAGGUUAGAAGAAAUUUUGUGGACAUAGUGCUUUCUGAGAAACUCUAGAUGGCUGUAUUUGCAUGCUUUUUCUUCCCCCUCCCAAAAAUAGACAAGGUAAUAACACCUAAAAAUAGAUAUGAGGGUCAGACACUAAAUAAAUCAAGUUGUACAUAACAGUUGUAUGCCCAGUUUAUUUAGGUGAGAAUUUAUGUUACAGGAAGUCUUUGAGGGGCAUGAAAAUGGGUUAUCUUCUGUAUUUUCCAGUUUGGCAAAAAUUCAGAAAUUCAUCACAUUGGUUUGCCCUAAUUUUGCCCAGAAUAUUAUUUCUGACUCUUGUCGGAAUAGAGGCAUGCCGCUCUUUCUCUAGUAUAGUGAUUAAUCACUUUAAAAAAGUCAUUCUAAUUGGCUUUUUGAAACAGUGAAAGUGACCUGUAGGCAGAUUGGAAGAGAUUUCAAAUUCCUAAAAAGAAACAUUCCAUUGAGAAUUUUCUGGAGGGACAAAAUGGGAGAAUGAGACUGGGAUUUAUACUUAGCUACAAAAUACAGUGCCCCUCCUACAUACGUAAAUACAAGCAAUUGCAUUUAUGAAUCACAGUGUGUGUGUAUAUAUAUAUACACACACAUAUAUGUACAUUUUUUAAAGAAAACUUAAGAAGCAAUUACAGUGAUCAGAUGUGUGCAAGAGCAUAUAGAGAGUUAAAAUUAUAGUUAACACCUGAGCAAUUUAGUGGGUUUACUUUACCAAGUUGUAUUAACAAAUACUAAAGAAGUUCUUAGUGUGUCUUUAUUAUUAAAUCCCGGGUCUUCAGAAUCCUUCCAGAACAAAACAAAACAAGCCAAC